CUUUCCCGUCUCGCGCCUUCCGUCCCACAGGCUCUCAACUCUCCCACUAUACCUUCCCUUACACUUUACCCAACUCUAUCCUUCCCCACGGAUCCACAUCCGAGUGUCAUCAUGGCGCCGCGCAAGAAGACAGAUGAGAAGCCCUCUGCGAAGCAAUCAGCGAAUGAGGCUGCCGACAUGGUCCUUCACUACGUACGCAAGGUGAAUCGCCCGUACUCCGCUAUCGAUAUUUCAGCGAAUCUGCAUAACAAGGUUACGAAGGCUGCCGCGGCGAAGAUACUGAAGGAUCUCCAUGAGCGCAAUGAGAUCGAGGGACGUGCGGCCGGUAAGCAGAUUGUCUACCAUGCUCUUCAGAGCCCGAAAGACUCUUGUACUCCCGAGCAGCUCGCCGGUUUUGACACUGCCAUCAACGACCUCCGCAGCCAGACCACGGACCUUCAUACCACCGCCAAAACGCUCCGUAGCACGCUCUCAUCACUGAACUCCACAUUCAGUACUACUGACCUCAUCUCCAACGUGCAAGCCCUCGAGGUCGAGAAGACGGAUAUCAUCGCUCGAUUGGACAGCCUGAAGGCUGGCAAGGCAAAGAAGGUCACUAAGAAGGAGCGCGAUGAGGUCGAGGCCGAGUGGAAGAAGUGGAGCGCAGUCGCAAAGAAGCGGGAGAAGAUCGCUUGCGAGAUGUGGAGGAUGAUCGAGGAUACGCUGCCGGAUGCGGAGAAGAAGGCUGAGGUCAGGGAAGGCUUGGGGCUGGAUGAUUAGAAAUAUACGUAUGGGACGAUGUAAUGGGGAGAAGAUGACGCACUGACGAUAUCGGCAAGGUGGAUGCGACGGAUGAUGGACGAUUUACGGGCAAGAUCGAACACAGGAGGAUGUCACAGAAUGAAACCGGUGAGGACGAAGCGGAAGAACUGAGAAUCGCGCUGAAAUAGAUAGAU